AUGCCAAUCAAACCUGUUGGGUGGAUAUGUGGACAGGUGUUGAAGAACUUUUCUGGAAGAAUCGAGGGGAUCCAGAAAACAAUCAUGGACCUUAUAGAUGAGUUUAAAGAUGAUUUCCCUACCAUCCUAAGAUUAUCACAGUCUAAUCAGAAAAGAGAAUCCAUGCAGAAAACAUCGAAAAUUAGAAUGUCUGUUGCUUUAGCGAAGAUCAACCGGGGAACAUUAAUUCAAGGAUUGCAUAGCAUAUCCAGAUCCUCCAAAUCAGUGGCCGAACUUCUGCAGCCUCAGCUUGUUUGUAGACUUUUAGAGCUAAGGGACAUAGCUCAUCGUCUGCUGAGGGAAGUUAAUGCACCAAAGCAACCCCUGUAUAACAUGCAGGUCAGAAAGAGUUCUUUGUUUGAUAUCAUUUCCUUUCCAGCAAAGACUGCAUUAACUAGCCUAAUAUAUGCUUCAUAUGCAGCAUUAAUUUAUUUGACAGUCUGUGUUAACGCUGUUCUGGAGAAGGUAAAGAAAAUUUUCCAAGAAGAAGAAUCCAUAAGGCAAAACAGAGAGGAGAGCGAGAAUCCUAGAAAAGCCUUUUCUGAGCCUGUGCUUUCUGAACCUGUCUUUCCUGAAGGUGAAAUCAAAGCAAAACCUUAUAGGUCAUUACCAGAGGCGCCAGACAAUAUUUCAGAUAUUCCUGCUAAUAAGUUGAGUAAUAAGAUCCAGGUUUUACAUUCUAUAUUUGACCAAUCAGCUGAAAUAAAUGAGUAG